UAUAUGUGUUGUUUUUUUCACAUACAUUGUUCUCGUGGUUUACGGAAAAGUAGGCCUAAAAUGUUAUAGUGUCUAAAAACAAUAUUCAGUUAAUGGAAUUACACUUUUUUCCAUUACUGCUUGCUUGAUAUUGCCCUAACAACUUUUUCAUGAAUCAAUUUUGAGCAUUAUGUUUACAACGUAGUUAUUAUAGCACGAAUUAUGAGUCUAAAAUGCCAAAUACUUGCAACUAUUAUGUUAAUCACUGAAAUCUUAGUGUACUAAUUGCUCGCUAUAAGCUAGGUUAUUGCGCCCCUAAACCAACGUACUGACAACGCUACCUCCCCGGAACUCAAACUUUAACAAUCCCUUCAGACCAAUUUGAACCAUAAUCCGAUCAAAUAUUCAAAUGGCGUGUCCAGUGGAAGAGCGACUGACAUAUUCUGAUAAAGUCAUCCUUGCACCUAUGGUCAGGAUUGGAACAUUGCCCACAAGACUGCUGGCUUUGGAUUAUGGAGCUGACAUAGUUUACUCUGAGGAAAUAAUUGACCAUAAGUUGCUUCAGUGCAAAAGAGUUGAAAAUGACUUGCUUGCAACAGUUGACUACGUCAUGAUCUGUGGAACUGUGGUAUUUCGGACCUGUUCCAAGGAGAAGGGGAAGGUGGUUCUGCAGAUGGGUACUUCGGACCCAGACAGAGCCUUGAAAGUGGCUAAACUUGUUGAAAAAGAUGUUGCUGGAAUCGAUGUGAAUAUGGGCUGCCCAAAGGAGUUUUCAAUCAAAGGAGGUAUGGGUGCUGCCUUGCUCACUCAGCCGGAGAAAGUACAAAAAAUUUUAACCACUCUGAUUCACGGUGUUUCCAUCCCUGUGACGUGCAAGAUUAGAAUACUCCCAGAGCUCGACGACACGUUAAAGUUGGUCAAGUUAAUUGAGAGUACUGGUGUCGCCGCCCUGGCUGUCCAUGGGAGACUGAAGGAGGAGAGACCUAGACACAGCAACAACAACGAGGCCAUCAGAGCGAUAGUCGACCACAUCAAAAUACCUGUGAUUGCGAAUGGAGGGUCAAAAGACACCAUCCAGGAGUAUAACAAUAUAGCUGUAUUCCGUCAAUCGACAAAUGCGUCAUCCGUCAUGAUCGCCAGAGCUGCUCAAUGGAAUGUAUCUGUAUUUAGAAAAGAAGGACUGCUCCCUGUUUUGGAUGUAAUAAAAGCAUACCUGAAAUAUUGCAUUGACUACUCAAGUGUACCGGGGAAUGCGAAAUAUAACAAGCAAAUCAUGCAUGAGAUGAUGGAGAGUGAGCUGGGACAGAAACUCUAUCCAGCCAUCACAAUGGCACAGAUCUGUGAGAUAUUUGAAAUGAGUGAUUAUCUGAAUCAAGUAGAAUCUGAGAGGCAGAAGAAGAAACGACACCUCUCUGAAGCUUGUGAAGAGUCUGACGGCGUUCCUAAGAAGAGGAAGUUAGAAGAUGGAAGUGAGGUUAUUGAGAUGCCAAUCUGGCUUCAUAAAAAACAUAUAAAAACAGGUACAAGUCCAAAGUUAAUUCUUCAUAUGUAUACCAGAGAACAAAGCCUCAGUCCUCCAACAUACAACACAACUUGCCGUUCUCCUGACCGAUUUCACAUCUCGACAGUAACGGUGGAUGGCAAGAAAUAUGCGACAACUUUAUGGAAUUCAUCUAAAAAGUGGGUAGAACAGGCAGCAGCUGCUGUGUGUCUACGCGUUCUCGGCCUGGACGAUGGGGUCAAUCACACACAGAUGUCGAAAUCAUCUCCUCAAAUAUAUCAAGAGAAGAAACAUUCAAUAACUAACUGUUCCAAGACUGUGAUUCCCAAGUCUGAUGAAGCAAGCGACAAUUGUAAAAGUGCAAAAAAUGUUCUUGAAAAAAAUUCUUCAGGAUCAGUUUCUGAUGAUAGUGUUGCUAUAAAUGGCAGUGCAGAGAAAGACAAUUGUACUACGAAAGUAGACUCCAGCUGAUGCUGGUCUCAAGAAUUACAGCGCAAUGUGCACUCUGUAAUAAUUGAUUUCUAGGAUCAUGAUGAUGAUCAUUGAUCUGGUAGGAACAAAGGGGGACCCCUAUAUUCAACCAUUUGGAGACGUUGGAAGGACAGGUGUGACUAGUUCGAGUAGUGUUGGUCAGCAUAUCAAAAAGAGAGCUUUUACAACCACAGGUUGACCAACAGCUACAUAUUGUGAUGACUUGUCUAUCGUGUGUGGAUUAGGAGCUGCAGUGGUGUAGUGGCUGGGGUCUCCGACUAGCAGUCAUGAGGUCCAUGGUCAGUCCCAACCUUUGUUUGUCUGCUGCAGGUGAAUCAUGGCCAAACGAUCGUGCAAAAGCUCACCAGUGGUCCACACUGUUACUGCAUUUAUCAGUGAGAUGUUUUUAUGGAAGAAAGUAAUAAAUAAUAUG